AUGAGGACUCUGCUGCUCCGGUUCAUCCACUAUGUCAUCUCACUAGGGCAGUUUCUCUACGGUCUUCUGCUGUGGCUGCCGGUUCACAGUUUGACGUGGAAGAAACCGUCCUUGGAAGCCGACAGAAAGUUGCUCAAGAAAGUCCCCGCUCACGUCGGCUUUCUGGUCCUGGAGGAGGACUUUUCUUUCCGGGACUUGGCCAACUUGAUUGUCUGGUCGGUGACUCUAGGCGUCUCUUACAUCAGUGUUUAUGAUUUCAACGGUGAAGUUAAGCGCAACAGUUUACUGCUGCAGCAAAACAUCCGUGCCAGCAAGGAGCAGGUGUUGGGACAGGAUUUGUCUAGCUGCGACAUCCAGAUAUUUUCAUCAUCACAUCCUGUUCUACGACCCCCUUCAGCUUUACCUAAAACACAUGGAGGCAGAGUCCAUUUGUUGUGUGUGGACGAUGGUCGCAAAAACAUUGUACAGACAGCGCGUCACCUGAGCCAGAUGGUGGCUGCAGGAAUGUACAGGCUAGAGGAUAUCCAGCCGUCCAUUGUAGACAGCAUGAUUCAGGAGUCUAGACAGCUUCCUGACCCUGACCUUUGUUUAAAGUUUGGAGCCCUGGACAGUUUGCUGGGCUAUCUGCCCUGGCACAUACGUCUCUCGGAAAUUAUAUCACUGUCAUCUCAUAAAGGCAUCACAUACAAGUCAUUCCUAUCUGCCCUGAUCGAGUACGGCAACACGGAUCAGCGGUUUGGCAAGUAG